AUGAGUAGUAGUAUAAGGAGUGAUUUACCAGAUAUAAGGCAAGAGAUAACAGAUAGCGAAGAUGAAGAUGAUUUUGUUCGUAAAUUUGGUGAUAUAAAUGUUCAAUAUAUUAAACCUUCAAAAGAUAGAUUUUGGUUUAAGCGACCACAAGCAUUAAAUUUCUUUAAAGAUGGAGUAUUAUUUAGAACCAAAGAAGAAAGAAAAGCUGCUACGACAGAAUUAUUUGUUGAUUUAUUGUAUGUUGGUAUUGUUGCUAAUUUAGCAGGUGAGGCAAGUGAAGAAGCUACUGGUUUAGCUUUAUUGAAAUAUGUUUUAUUCUUCUUCCCUACAUUUAUGGUUUGGCAAGAUGUUAAAGAUUUUACAAAUUAUUAUUAUAAUGAAGAUUUAUCACAAAAAGUAGCAGUUUUUUGGAUUUUAUCUUUAUUGACACUAUAUAUAAAUAGUCAUUAUGCAUUAUUAGAUUCUUGGAGUGGUGCGGCUUUAACCAUUGUACCUUACAUGUUAUGUCGAUUAUCAUUAGCUGUUGUUUUAUGGAUUUAUUCAUUUUAUAUACCUGAACAUCGCGUACAACUGAGAAUAUAUGGUUGUACUUUAAUUAUUACUUCAUGUUGUUGGUUAGCUGUUAUAUUUGUUUCAGUUAGAGUUAAAAUUGGUUUAAGUUUUGCAUUCUUAUUUCUUGAACAAUUAUGUUUUUGUAUUUGUUAUCAUCCAUGGUUAAAAAAGCAAUUAAAAUUAACAAUGUCAACUGCUUUAAAUAUUGAACAUGAAGUUGAAAGAUUUUCAACUUUUGUUACAAUUGCAAUUGGUGAAUAUUUAUAUAAAGUAGUUGCAACACAUCCAUUAGGUGUUGGAUUUAGUGGUAAAUUUGCAAGAGGAAUUUUUUUAUUAGCUGAUGCUUAUAUUCUAUUUUGGAUUUAUCAAUAUGGUUCUACAUGUAGAAAAGCUACUCAUCCAUUACGAAAUAGUGGAUAUACUGCAAUUACUUGGAUUUAUGCGCAUAUACCAUUAAUUGCAGCAUUAGUUUUAAGUGCUGAUGCUGGUGGUGAAUUAUGUGAAUUAGAUAUAAUUAGAAUUGAUGAAGAAACUGAAGAAGCAAAUUUAUAUGGUUUAACUUUUUAUUAUACAGGAGGUAUAGCAGUUUCAUUGAUUUGUAUGUUUAUAUUAGGAUUUGUUGAGAAAAGUAGAGAUCCACCAGAUUUAUUUUUAAUGCCAAAGUUUUUCAGAAUAUGUCUAAGAGUACCAAUUGGGAUUAUUAUUGUAAUGAUUAGUUUUGCUAAAAUGAAUACUACGUUAUUAAUGGGGAUAGUCACUAUGUUAUUAGGAAUUUUAUUGAUAUAUGAAAGUUUCUUUGGAACACCUCAAGAUUGUUUAACUGAUAGAAUAAAGAGAGCUAGAAAUCAAUCAACUUCAACUGGAACUAAUGAAGAAUUAAUUAAUGAAAACCAAGUAACUUUAAAUGAUGAUAGUCAAGAUUCAUCAAAUAAGAAUGAUUUUAGACUAGUGUAA